AUGGGAAGUAUCCAUCGUGACGACGGCAACAUCCGCCAGAGACCUGCAGGCAUCACUACUGUCUUGUUAGGUGACUACCGCAUCGAGGGUUUUGUUUCGGACUCUGGCGUGGCAGAUUACCUAGGCGUGCCUUAUGCUGAAAUACCGGCUCGCUUUCGACAAGCACGACGGAUUCAAAGCUCUAAGCUUAAAGGCACAUAUGAUGCCACCAGGUAUGGGCCCAUAUGUCCUCAAAAUAUUGACGUACCGCGCAAAUGGCGAGACCACCUCUACCAAGGCAUCGUAUCAUCGGAUGCUUUGCUUGCAUCUGAGUUUGAGUGUUUAAAUUUGAACAUUUAUACCCCCAUCGAGUGCCCAGGACAGCCACUACCUGUUUUUGUAUGGAUUCACGGUGGCGGAUGGGUUGUGGGUGAUGGGGGACCAGAGUACGACGGAAAUUUCCUAGUACAGCACUCCUCGAAGUUGGGGUUGCCUUUCAUCUAUGUCGCUCUCAAUUACCGACUCGGCUAUUUCGGCUUCUCCUAUUCCAAAGAGCUGAGAGCGGAGGCAGUUGCAGCCGGUGAAGUUCCAUUUGCGAAUGUUGGACUCUAUGACCAACGUUUGGCAUUGAUGUGGGUCCAAGAGAACAUUCAUCACUUUGGGGGAGACAGAAGCAACGUAACCAUCGCUGGAGAGUCAGCCGGCGCAUGGUCGGUGUUAGCUCAUUUACGCUCGAAUGCCCCCCUCUUCCGCCGUGCCAUAAUUAUGUCCGCCCCUUCUCUAGCCCCUCAAGGCGUCGAGGGAGCUCAACGCGACUUCGACGGCCUCCUUGCAUUUUCAGGUCUUGAUGCAACUGCGUCAGAUCGUCAGAAAUUGGAUUGGCUGAGAAACCUGAGCGUUAAUGCGCUUCUGAAGGUUUCUCCCUCUUCCCUUAUCUUCCCAACAUGGGAUCCUGAAUGGUUUGGUCACGAGGAUAGUUCAUUACCACUUGACAAAGUCGGCGAUUUCCCGAAUUGGUGUGAAGGUAUCAUUGUUGGCUGGACCAAGGACGAGACUGCGUUGUUUGGGAUGGUGCGCGGCUGGAACCACUGGUCCAUUGAUAUGAUCCAAAAUGCUAUCCGACUCGCCAUACCGGAUAUGAGCCUGGCUGAUGAAGUCCUCACAGCUUACAACAUUACAAACACCCCACAAGACGUCAAAUCUGCUCUGGAGGGACUAAUCCAGUUUACCAGCGAUGGUUCCUUUGGAUCCUUGAUGGGGUCAAUGAGAUCUUACGCUGCCACGCCAAUUAGCAUUUACCGAUUUGACCAAGUCGACCCUUUCGAGCAAAGUCCCUUCCUCGGAUAUGCAUAUCAUGCACUAGACAACGUUUUCAUCUGCCGACUUCCGGCUGUUGCAGGAGCUGAAGCUCCAAUGCAGCUUCGACUAACAGCAGACGCGUAUACCAAGUCAGUGUGUGAAUUCGUCCACGGUAGACAGCCGUGGGUGUCUUCUAGUUCGUCCCAAAAGAUCCAGUCUUUCAACGGCUUCCUGACCGGACUGGUUGAAUGGACAGGGCUCUCCCAGUGGAGUGCCUUAGCCACCACGGCAGACAAGGCAGCCAUGCUCGAGAGGGGCGCACGUGCAUUGAUGUCAAUAAAGGCGGAGCAGCUAUGCUAG